UGCUUCCGGAGCCGCAAUAAGAACGGUCAAUUGAGAUGCGGCUUUCAGGCAUUUGUUUAGGACAUGCCCAUGGUGGGGGUUCUAAAGGGGCUUGUACGGUAACUGCAGCAGUUCAGAGUUCAACAACAAGCUUCAAGAUGCCGCCCAAAGGGAAAAGUGGUUCUGGAAAAGCGGGGAAAGGGGGAGCAGCCUCUGGGAGUGACAGUGCUGACAAGAAGGCUCAAGGUCCCAAAGGUGGUGGCAAUGCAGUAAAGGUCAGACACAUUCUAUGUGAAAAACAUGGCAAAAUCAUGGAAGCCAUGGAAAAGUUGAAGUCUGGGAUGAGAUUUAAUGAAGUGGCCGCACAGUAUAGUGAAGAUAAAGCCAGGCAAGGGGGCGACUUGGGUUGGAUGACCAGAGGGUCCAUGGUGGGACCAUUUCAAGAAGCAGCAUUUGCCUUGCCUGUAAGUGGGAUGGAUAAGCCUGUGUUUACAGACCCACCGGUUAAGACAAAAUUUGGAUAUCAUAUUAUUAUGGUUGAAGGAAGAAAAUAAAAUCAUAUGAAAGACUGAAUAAGUUUUAUACAUUUUGUUUCUUUAAAAGGUAUUAGAUAUUCCUUUGAGCUGGAGCUGCAAGGAAAUACAAAAAUUUUUAAAAAGAAAAGAUAUUGGAUGCUCCUUGUAUUCUGUGAAAGCUCUAUGUAUGGGUUUGUAGGUGUAAGAGAGGGUGGGGAUAAGUGAAUGUCAACUGUAGUAGGUAUUCAGUCAGUCGUUCUCAAAGAGAAGUCAAGCAGACUCCCUUUAACCUGUAUUCUCUUUCCUCCCAGAACUAUAUCUGACUCUCAGUCUGUCCCAUAAAUUAAUUCAGAAACCAUCUUCAGGGGAAGCAGAUAUCAGCUCACACUAUUCACACAACUGAAAAUAUUGGGCAUCAAAUAGAUUAGUGUGUGAGAAUCAUAAAAUAAGUUCCUAGACAACAUUUGUUUUCCAUGUUAGUCAACUCUGAUCUUCCAGGACAGGUGGUAUUAGCUCCACUGUCUUAACAUAGUACGCGGCACGUUACAGCCUUUCAAUGUUAACUCCUUUCUUUUUAAAUAAAUGUUUAUUGGAGGAAAAAAGCACUCAGUUGUUCCAUGAGUUGUUUUGUACUAGACUAACCGAGUGCUGGUUAAAGGGAGGGAUGUCAGCAUAAAAACGUCAUUCCCUCAUCUUCAGUGUAUGGGUUACAUUAGGGCUGUCCUUUCCAGGGCCAAUGUUCUGUGCAUCUAAAUUUUUAAAAUUUAAAGUGCUGUAUUUAUGACAUAUAAAAAAGUAUAAAGAUUACCAAUAUAAAUACUAUACUGCUUCAAAAAUAAAACUUUGCCAACACA